AUUUAUUCUCAACUCGAACGCGUCCAUUGAACAGCGUCCAACGUCGACCCCGUCCUUGACAUUUAAGUCGCUCCUCCACCAUGGCUUCCUUCGAGGAUUACGAUGAGUUCGGAAACUACAUAGGCGCGGAUUUGGGUUCAGAUGAAGAGGAAGAGGAGGUUCUGCAGCAGGACUUUCGUCAGAUACCCCAACAGCAACCUGCAACACUGGAAGGAUAUGAUGACGAGCCUAUGCCGCCAGCGGAGGGUGCACUGAUGGAGAUCGAUGAGCCCGUCCAUAAUGCUGUUAUUCUGCAUGAGGACAAGCAAUACUAUCCAUCAGCAGAGGAUGUUUACGGUCCCGACGUAGAGACUCUCGUCCAGGAAGAAGAUGCUCAGCCCCUUUCGGAGCCCAUCGUCGCACCAAUCAAAGUGCGAAAAUGGACGGUAGAGGAGAAGGAUAUGCCACAGACGCGCUUCGACAAGGGUUAUCUGUUAAAUAUGAUGUCCUUUCCCGAGAUGAUUCGCAAUGUUGCUGUGGUGGGCCACUUGCAUCACGGAAAGACCGCACUCAUGGAUAUGCUGGUUUUUGAGACGCAUAAACUUGCCUGGGAUGCGGAUAGACCGACAAGAUAUACGGAUACACAUAUUCUGUCGCGUGAGCGGGAAAUCUCUAUCAAGUCUUCGCCCAUGUCUCUCAUCUUGUCAACGACGAGUGGCAAGUCACAUCUGGUACACCUUAUUGAUACUCCGGGACACGUGAAUUUUGUCGACGAAGUUGCUUCGGCAAUGCGUCUUGUUGAUGGAAUAUUGCUGGUCGUAGAUGUUGUUGAAGGGAUGAUGGUCAAUACCGAAGCAGUCAUUCGACAUGCCCUACAAGAGGGCAUCAAAAUCACCCUUGUCGUGAACAAAAUCGACAGACUUAUACUCGAAUUACGUAUCAAGCCUGCAGACGCCUACUACAAAAUCAAGCAUACAAUUGAAGAAAUCAACACCUUCAUCAGUGGAAUUGAUCCAGACCCGGAACUACGACUCAGUCCUGAAAACGGAAAUGUUGUGUUCGCCAGCACCGACAUGAGCUGGUGCUUCACUCUUCGUUCUUUCGCCAAGAUGUAUGCCGACACCUUUGGUUCCCUCGAUGUCACAGCGUUCGCCGACCGUCUUUGGGGCGACAUAUACUUUAAUGGCGAGACUCGGAAAUUCACCAGGAAAGCUACAGACCCCGAGCAAUCACGCACAUUCGUGCACUUCAUCCUCGAUCCCCUAUAUAAGCUCUACAGUCAUGUAUUGAGCGAGGACACUGAAGACCUGAAAACUACUCUUGCAUCGCUGAACAUCUCUCUAAAACCAGUCAUGUACAAGAUGGACGUCAGGCCUCUGUUGAAGGCUAUUUUGGACCAGUUCUUUGGUCCUGCCACUGGACUAAUUGACAUGAUUGUGGAACAUAUCCCGUCACCUGUGGAAGGAGCAGCCAGCAAGGUUGAGCGGACAUACACUGGCCCACAAACUUCUGAGGCCGCUGUCGCAAUGAGAGCUUGCGAUCCUGAAGCGCCCGUGAUGGUCCAAAUCACGAAGUUGUAUCAUACAACAGACGCCCAGUCAUUCAGAGCCUUCGGUCGUGUCAUGAGUGGCACCCUUAGGAAGGGCACACCAGUCAAAGUACUUGGUGAGGGCUACUCACCAGAAGACGAAGAAGACAUGGCCAAGGCUACCGUGGAAGACAUCUGGAUGAGCGAAGCUCGAUAUUUUAUCCCUGCAGACGAGGUCCCUGUAGGUAACCUUGUCCUCAUUGCAGGAGUCGACGCAUCCAUUUCCAAGACCGCCACUCUUGCCGACCCAUCGAUCUCCGACGAUCUCUACAUCUUCCGGCCCAUUAAGCACAUGACAGAGUCAGUGCUUAAAAUUGCCAUUGAACCUAUAGCCCCGUCUGAGCUGCCCAAGAUGCUGUCUGGGCUGCGAAGCAUCAACAAGAGCUACCCUCUCGCUGCCACGAAGGUCGAGGAAAGCGGUGAACAUGUGCUCAUUGGUACAGGCGAAUUGUAUCUGGACUGUGUCAUGCAUGACCUUCGGAGGUUAUUUGCUGAGAUCGAGAUCAAGGUGUCAGAUCCAGUGACCAAGUUCUGCGAAACUGUUUUGGAGACGAGUGCGCUGAAGUGCUAUGCGGAUACGCCGAAUAAGAAGAACAAACUUACCAUGAUCGCGGAGCCUUUGGAAAGAGGUAUUGCUGAAGACAUUGAACGGGGGAGGGUUACCAUGCGGAUGACCCCGAAGGAGCGCGGUACAUUCUUCCAGGAGAAAUACCAGUGGGAUUUGUUGGCGUCAAGGUCAAUAUGGGCGUUCGGCCCCGACGAGAGUGGGCCGAAUAUCUUGCUCGAUGAUACCUUGCCUUCUCAGGUUGACAAAAAAUUGCUUGGCACUGUGAAGGAGCAUAUCAAGCAAGGCUUCCAGUGGGGAGCCCGGGAAGGUCCUUUGUGCGAUGAACCUAUGCGUAAUGUAAAGUUCCGGAUACUGGAUGCAAGUCUAGCACAAGAGCCAAUUUUCCGCGGUGGUGGACAGAUUGUUCCUACAGCGCGCCGCGUGUGCUACUCUUCGUUUUUGAUGGCUACGCCACGCCUCAUGGAGCCCAUAUACUAUGUCGAAGUACAGGCGCCAGCUGACUGUAUAUCAGCUGUGUACACCGUUCUGGCUCGGCGCCGAGGGCAUGUCACACAAGACAUUCCCAAAGCCGGCUCACCGUUAUAUACGGUCAAAGCCUUAAUUCCUGUAAUAGAUGCAAAUGGGUUCGAGGCCGACCUUCGGACUGCCACGCAAGGUCAGGCAUUCUGCUUGCAGGUGUUCGAUCACUGGUCAAUAGUUCCUGGUGACCCUACGGACACGAGCAUCAAACUGCGGCCAUUAGAACCUGCAUCAGGACAAGCAUUGGCUCGGGAUCUCGUGUUGAAAACGCGGCGGCGCAAGGGUCUGGGUGAUCAGAUUGCCGUAUCCAAGUACUUGGACGAUGAGUUCGUGCGCAGACGCGAGUUAAACGCGACGCUUUCUGUCAUCCUCGCGGCAGCUGCUGCAGGCGCGUUGGCGUCAGAGGACUCCAAACCUGUAUUCAAGCCAACAGAGAUUAAAGCUCCCUUCAUUGAGCAAUUCACCGAUGAUUAUUCUGAACGUUGGACGCCUUCAGAGGCAACGAAGAAGACACCAGUUGGUGGCGAAAUCUUCUCUUAUGUCGGUAAAUGGGAGGUCGAGGAACCCGAGACGCCCCUCAUUGAGGGCGAGAAGGGUCUCGUUGCCAAGUCCAAGGCUGCUCACCACGCUAUCUCUGCACCAUUCGCCGCCCCUGUCGACUUCAAAGACCAACCCCUCGUCAUUCAGUACGAAGUCAAGUACCAGAAGGGCGGCAACUGUGGUGGUGGUUACAUCAAACUCCUUGAGGAUGGUUUCCAGACCAGCGGGAAGGAGUUCUCGGAUACCACCCCUUGGGUUGUGAUGUUCGGACCUGACAACACUUGCCCCGGCACUAAGCUCCACUUCAUCUUCCGCCACAAGAACCCAAUUACUGGCGAGUUCGAGGAGAAGCACCUUUCUGUCCCUCCAAAGCCCACCUUUGGAAAGGACACCAACCUUUACACCCUCAUUGUCAACCCCGACAACACGUACGAUGUACUUUUCAAUGGAGAAAGUCAGCGCUCGGGCAAUCUUCUUGAGGACUUCACUCCUGCUGUCAACCCUCCGAAGGAGAUCGAUGACCCUGAAGACAAGAAGCCUGAAGACUGGGUCGACGAGAAGAGGAUUCGUGAUCCUGACGCCGUGAAGCCUGAGGACUGGGACGAGACUGAGCCCUACGAGAUCCCUGAUGAGGAGGCUGUGAAGCCCGAGGGUUGGUUGGAUGAUGCACCCGAGCACAUUCCUGACCCAGAUGCUGAGAAGCCCGAAGAGUGGGAUGACGAGGAAGAUGGUGACUGGUUUGCGCCCACGGUCCGCAACCCGGCUUGUGAUGAGGCUCCUGGAUGUGGUGAAUGGAAACGCCCCUUCAAGGCCAACCCCGAGUACAAGGGCAAGUGGUAUGCGCCCAUGAUUGAUAACCCUGCCUACAUCGGCGAGUGGUCCCCACGCCAGAUCCCCAACCCCAACUACUUUGAAGAUCUAGAGCCAGUCAAGCACCUCAACAAGAUCGGUGGUGUCGGUAUCGAACUCUGGACCAUGACUGAGGACAUUCUGUUCAACAACAUCUACGUCGGGCACUCCUUUGACGACGCUAAGGCUCUGGCCGCCGAGACCUACGAGGUCAAGAAGCUCAUCGAGUCGUCUCUCUCUCCUAAGUCCGUCGAUGAUGACAGCGACUACUACAUCCCGCCCUUGUUGGAGGACCCUGUUUCCCAUGUCCGCGGUAAAAUUGCUCAGUUCCUUGACGCUGCUCGGGAGGACCCCAUAUCAGCAAUUAAAGCCCACCCGGAGACUGGUCUUGGUCUCGCUGGUGUCGUCUUCACUCUUUUCGGUAUGCUUGGUGUUGUAUUCGGUCUCGUCGGCUCGCAGCAGAAGCCUGUGGCUAAGGCAAAGAAGACGGACACCUCUACCCCCGAUGACAAACAAAAGGCCGAUAGUACACCUGUUGCACCUGCAGGAGGCGAGAAGAAGGAUGAAAGCGCCGUCAAGAAACGUAAAUAGUUGCGUUGUGACGGUUCUUGGGUGAGCGAAAGCUUUCCUGAUACGAGGGGGCGGGGCAAAGAUCAUGCAUGCCGACCGCUACCACUACCAGUAUUGAUUUUUGUUCGUCGUUUGCCUACUUUGGCUCGGGGAAGUAAAAUGUAUGCACUGCCAUUAUUAUUGUAAACGGUCGCUCUUCGUAAUCAAUUUCAGCGUUCAAAACCAGCGUCAUAGUGGUAUCUGAGAUUCGAGUACCAAGUACGGAACGCUUGGUUCUGCGGAGGCAAUUCC